ACGACGCGAGCGCCGCGGUUCCGGUUCCGGUUCCAGUUGUGACUGGAAUCUGCACCUGCGGCCACGGGGGGCAGGCCACAGGGAAGCUGCCAUGGCGUACUCCACAGUGCAGAGAGUGGCCCUGGCCUCGGGGCUCGUCCUGGCUGUGUCGCUGCUGCUGCCCAAGGCCUUCCUGUCUCGUGGAAAGCGGCAGGAGCCGCCGCCGACUCCCGAAGGAAAAUUGGGCCGAUUUCCACCUAUAAUGCAUCAUCACCAGGCACCCUCAGAUGGCCCAACCCCUGGGGCUCGUUUCCAAAGGUCUCACCUUGCAGAGGCAUUUGCAAAGGCCAAAGGAUCAAGUGGAGGUACUGGAGGAAGUGGUGGAAGAGGCCUGAUGGGGCAGAUUAUUCCAAUCUAUGGCUUUGGAAUUUUUUUGUAUAUACUGUACAUUCUAUUUAAGCUCUCAAAGGGGAAAACUGCAGAGGAUCGGAAAUGCUCUAGUGUCACAUCUGGAAACACCCACAGGAAAAUUACUAAUUUUGAGCUUGUUCAACUGCAAGAAAAACUGAAGGAGACAGAGGAAGCCAUGGAAAAAUUAAUCAACAGAGUGGGACCUAAUGGGGAGAGCAGAGUACAGUCUGUGACUUCUGACCAAGAGAAAAGAUUGCUGCAUCAGCUCCGAGAAAUCACCAGGGUCAUGAAAGAAGGAAAGUUCAUUGACAGACCCACUCCAGAGAAAGAAGCUGAGGAAGCCCCUUACAUGGAGGACUGGGAAGGUUACCCGGAAGAAACUUAUCCAAUUUAUGACCUUUCGGACUGUAUCAAGCAUAGACAAGAAACAAUCUUGGUGGAUUACCCUGAUCCAAAAGAGCCCUCUGCUGAAGAAAUAGCUGAAAGAAUAGGAAUGAUGGAAGAGGAAGAAUCGGACCACUUGGGUUGGGAAGGUCUGUCUACUGACCCAAGAGCCCAGGAGGAUAAUUCUGUUACCUUGUGUGACCCAAAGCCUGAAACAUGCUCCUGCUGUUUUCAUGAAGAAGAUCCUGCUGUCUUGGCAGAGAAUGCUGGAUUCAGUGCAGAUAGCUACAGUGAGCAAGAAGAGACCACCAAAGAUGACUCUUCUCAAGACUUUAGAGAUGAAGGGCUGGUCAUCGAUGCUGAUAAAACAUUUACAAGUGGUGUCUUGAGGAAGCGUAACCCCCAGGGUUUAGAGUGAAAACAGCCAGUUUGGUGAAGUAUUCAUUACUUCAGUCCCAAGGUGACCUUUCUCUUCUCUCUGAUUUCAUCUUUGGCCCUAUGCCCUGUACUUCCUUUUCUGUGUUCAGAUGUCAUAGCUAUCAGGCCACUACCAUGGAUAUCAUGUAUCCUUCCUGGUGCUUACACACCUGUCACCUUGUAAAACAUAGUCAUUAGUGUAAACACAGGACAGCUUCACUCUUUCUCUUCCUGUUUUUUCCCCAUCAGAGAAAGUUGAUCCAUGGAAUAAUUAUGUUUGGUCUACCAUAGUUACAGAUGAGACUACUUGGGCAAAGAUCUGACUGUUCCUGCUAGGAGUAGAGAUGGUUUACCGGUGAAUGAACAUCAGCUUACAGAUGAUGAGGACUUAAGGUAGUAAGAGUGGAGAUUUCAGACUUCUGGAGGUCUUAUUCUUUGAGUCUUGAGCAGAUUAGUUGUCCUAUGGGAGAAACGAUCAUUUUGUUUGUGUGGACCAUGGUCCCAGAACAGUAAGACUCUGCUGACUGAGCCUCUUCAUUCAGUGAGGAUCUUUCUCAGAACACUAAUGCCAUCUCAGACAUCCUCUUUUGUCCAGAAUAGUGGAAGACUUCCACGGACCUAUUUGGGGAUUGUUUUGCUCUGAUAUAGCCUGGUUUUCUGGCUUCCUUUAUCCCCUAUUCUGCUUAACAGAUCAGGGAAAUCCAGAGGCACUUUUGUACCUCUGGUCUUCAUUAGCCAGAGGUAGCUUUAAAGAUUUUAGUCCCUGCCCUACAGGGGCUGUUGGGGCUCUAGGAAGGCCUGUCCAAGUGUGGUGAUCCUGCUGGGAGGAGCUCAGAAGGUCAGGGAGCCAGUAGUGAGAGAGAGAACCUGUGCACUUUUGGAUAGUCCUUGCCUCAAAGCUGUUUCUUAGCAUUGUGCCCAUUGGGAACUGUGUUCUCACAGCAGCGUGAAUCGAGACAGAAAUGAGGACUGAGUUUGUACAUAAAGUGCCUAUACAGCAGGGAAGUUGCACAGUGACCCAUCACAGAGAACCAAUAUAGCAAUGCCUGGGGGAAGAAACCAAGUGUUCUCUCUUUGAAUAUUUGGGUCUUUUGAGAGAGUUGGGGAAUGUAGAAGUAAAUUAGGACUGGGAAGAUUUUGACCAAGCUGGAAACCUGUUUUAAGCUGCCAAUCUAGCACAUGGGACAAGAUGGCACCUACGAGUUCUAACAAAAAGGAUGAAUGAAUUCAGUUUACAUGUAAGACCUGAGAAUUUAAAGAGGGCAUGUUCCUGAGGACAUUUUAUCACAUUCUCAGUGAUAAAAUGGGGAAGACCCCAAACUUAAGAAUGUGUAUAAAGGGAGAUAUAUAUUUUAGAGUUCCAUUGUGCCUGGCAUGAAUAUGAUGCCAGGAAUAUAGUUAAAAUCACAUAUGUAAGCUUAUACUGCUGUCAGAAGGCAUGGGAUCAUAUUAAGAUAGCUACUACAAGGCAUUACUUAUUAACUGUACAUAAAUCAUUGAAGAUUGAGUCUUUAGAAAGAAUGUCACACUGCAUCUAUCUCUGUGAAAACAUUUGAUUUACAUCGUAAAGAAUGUUGUUUAAAGUGUACUGAAGACAGCCUAGAUGCCAUGUAACACUAAAGGUAAGAAUAAUGUAGGUACUCUUCACCAUUUGAUAAAUUUGUUUUUUGUGUGAUUUCCCUUUAUUCACCAAGAGGCGUUGAUUUCUAAGUAGAGCUCUGGGUCUCUGGCUUAAAUUUCUUUUUUGCCUUAGCAUAUGAUUCCCUUACUAGAGAUAAGUAUUUCUGUUUUCUUUUUCACUUAUUCAUUCAGUCAUUCAUUUAGCAACAGCUAACUGCUAAGUGCUAGGCACUGGGAACAGAAGACUCAAUUCCUACCUUUAAAACAACAACAACAAAAGGAAACCACCUCAAUUUAACAUGGGAGCCAGACAGAUAAAAUGAACUAUGAACUAUAAGAAGACUCAAGAUUGUGAAUUCUGCAGGUAGAGAAAAAUGGGUCAUGAUCUUUCCCUGCACACUAACUGUAGAAUCUUGGGUCAGCUCCUUAGGCAGUCUGAGCCUUGGCUUCUUCAUCUAUAAAGUAAGCACGGUAAAAGUUCAGGUCUCACAAGGUUUUAAGUAUUAAAUGAAAUCAUCAGUGCAUUAAAAACAGCAUUGCUGUAAUUCACGCAUGAUAACCACUCAUUGUUUUAUGCUGUGAUUGAGGUAUGAACCCAAAACUACAGAAGUAUUAAGGAAAGAAAUAAUAUUGCCAAAACUACUAUGAAGAAACUUUACAGAGGAGGUGGACCUUAUGGCUUGCCAAGAAUUUCUCCAAGUGGGCAAGGAAAAGAAAGUGUAACUUUAACAAAAGCAGUGGAGUGGAAAGUAUAUGGAUGUUCAGGUAUCUUGAUGAGGCUGGUAUGUAAAAGUGUUGCAUAACCAACCUUAUAAGUGAUAGUCUUUGGGAAAAACAGGCUUGUGGAAAUAGUUCCUGCCAAAAGUACUAAACCCUCAUCAUGGCUCUUGCUACCCUAGAUCUUGGUUGGUUUAUAUAUCAGGAAUAUAUUUGGUUUUGUAUCAAAAAUUUUAAUGUACUUUUCAGUCAUUUAGGAUUUAGACAAUGCUUUUUGAAUUUCCCAGAAUUAUUUUAUCCUUUAGGAAUGACAAUUCUGUGUAUAUAUAUAAAACUUAGGAUGACCAAAAUAAUGGGACUGGUGUUUGUUGUGUCUUCAUUUCUCAGAACAAAGGGAUUAAAACUUGUUCACUCCCCUGGCACUAGGUUUGCAGUGACCUUUGGUAUUG